AUGACUGACUACUUUUCAGACUUUUCCUUAAAUAAGAUUACCAACUCAAUUGCUAGUGCCGCUCAUAAAACCCAGGAUACUUUAUCCCAGGCCAUCUCUAAUGUCAACUUACGUGAUCCGCAUGCGAAUUUAUCAAUAAAGACACGUACUAGGUACCUUCAAGAGUUACUAGGUACUGUAGAUGAAAUCAGCAAAUUACCACCGCAGUACGAGUCGUUGGAAAAGAAAACGGAUGCCUUGGAAAAAAGUUGCAGGAGAGUGCUAACUGUGACGAAAACUUUUGAAUUGGAGGGUUACGACUACCCACCAAAUUUAACAGAAUCCAUAUCCGAUUGGUGGUCCUUUGGGAAAGAAGGCUGGUUUGGAACGUCGUCCAAAAAACCCGAGAAGGGCAGUAUCAAUGAAAAUGAGAAGUCUGAACCAUUUAUGCCAAGAUCAUUUGCUCAAGCGUUAUCGAAGGCUGCGCAUGAUUCUUCCACUGUCUUUCUCAACUCGGCACAAGUCGAUCACUCAGGCGAACAGGCAGCAAAGAAUGAUGUCGAAGCAGACUUUGACGAGGAUUUUGCCGAUGCAGAAGAUGUGAAGAAAAUGCUUGAAACAUUCUCAGUAUGCUAUAAGAAUAUUGAUGAAAAUAAACAUGAAAUGGAUACUUCAAUUGCCAAAGAAUUUAAUACUAAAUUAGAAAAGCUCAUAAAUGAAGAUUUUAAAAAAGUACAUGAAUUGCGCAAGAAGGUUGAAGAUUCGAGAUUAAAAUUUGACACUGUUUUGUAUGAGAUUAAACUAAAGAGAAAGAAACUUGAGGAAAAAUCCAAUGCAUUAUCCAAUUUUGAUAAGAAAAUCAAUUCCAAUGGCGAAACAGAAGGGAGUGAAAUAUCCCAAAACGGUGAAGCCAAAAAAGAGGCGAUAGAGGAUACAAAUGUGAGUGCAUCCAAAGUUGAAGCUGAAUUGAAAGAUGAAGUAAAGACCGAAGUUAAAGACAACAAAAAAGCGGGGGGAGAACAGGAAACAGAGGCACUCUCCGAGGAUGACAAGUUAUUGGAACAACUGGAGGACGAGUUUGUGUCCAAUACGACGGCGGCCGUUGAAGUAAUGGGUGAAAUAACUGAUUGCUCUGAACUGCUAAGCCUGUUAAAACUAUUCCAAAACUUUCAACUUGUUUAUUACAGGCAGUGUGUUGUUGAACUUGAAAACAGCUUGAAAUCUUUAACGGAACUAGAGGAUGAAUAA